AUGCUGAGUGACCACGCCAAAUUGAAGGUUGGUACUUCCAUCGCGACACUCACGGGAGUCAAUAUGGUAAGUUGUUUGUAAUGAGAAAUUUUAGCUUAAUUAUAUUCCACAUUCGUCAUUUUAGAGAUGAUAAGAAAGCCUUUACCUUUGAUCAAAAUUAUCCGAUGGUAUUUUGUGGCUAGUUCACCUUUUAUGGAGCUUUUAGUUUCGAGUGUAGCAACAUGUAAUACUCGGUCACAUGUCAGAUCAACCCUUUGCCCAGAUUUUCAGUUUUAUCCUGCAAGGUUGUUUCUUUUUCAGACACAAUAUGGCAUGAUAGAAAAGGCUGACCGAAAAUAUUUUAUUUCUUGGUUGGGUACAAAAGGCAAUACUAGUAUCAUAAUAUCAGGGGUGCAUUUAAUACCCGUGGGAUACGGAACAGAGGAGUAGAUGAUGAGAUCGGGAACCCGGGGUGCUUGAUUCCUUGAAAUUUUGGUCUUAACUUCUCACGGUAGCGUAUACGAAUGGCUAGAAGUUACACUAUCACAAUAACCAGACUAUACUUUUUUAAAACCUGAUUUAGGUAAUCUUACAGAAAAGUGUUAUAACAUAUUACACAAAAAAGUUAGAAUUUGGAAAUGGACAGGAAAUGCAAGGGAAUGUACAGCAGCUACUUUUAUUAGAAAUCCAAUUGAUAAUGAAAUUUUUACUGUAUUUACUUUACUUCACAUCUUGCAGCUUGUUCUUGUACUUGGGGACCUUCACAUUCCUCAUCGGCAACACAGUUUACCAGCAAAGUUUAAAAAAUUGUUGGUGAGUCAAUCAUGUUAGUAUAAAUUCUUACUUCCUUGCUACCUUGCACUAAGUCAUUCAGUCUCUGCAAACAGAAAUAAUACAUUUAAUACACAAACCCUGUGUGAAAAUGACCAUAGACUUAACAAGCAUAUUACAAGUUGCCUGGCAUUUUUUGCAUAUCUUUAUAUAUCAGAAUAAUUAGUUAAAUCUUUACACCCCAAGAGUGACUUGAUUGUUCAGCAAUUCUCUGUCAGUACUAUGAGAAAUAUAUAGGGAACAGUAUGAAGAAUAUGUAUAUUGAUGCCAGGGUGUAAAGGGUUUAGAAAUUGCCCUCCUAAUGAAAUUACAUCAUCCAGCAUAAAGUUGAUGAGAUUAAACAAACUUGUUUGCUGGAGAGUGACAUCUUGAAGUAAGAACAACUUCUUUAACUAAUUUGGAAAGGAAUAUACCAGGGUGUAAAAAUUGAAGGGUAGAAUUUCUUGUAGAAUUUGAGAGUUAAAGGGUUAUAAUUUCAUUUGGCUUUGUCUUUUUAUUUCUCAGGUACCUGGAAAAAUACAGCACAUCUUAUGCACUGGAAAUCUCUGUGCAAAAGAUUCAUAUGACUAUCUCAAAACACUGGCCAGUGAUGUCCAUGUUGUCAGAGGGGAUUUUGAUGAGGUAGUUUGAAAACCAAAUUUCCUCUUUUGCUGUGGUAAUGUGAUGUAAUGUUUGCGUGAUAAUUUAACUGCAAAUUGGAAUUCAAGCUCUUCACUUUUUGACAGCUUUUAAAAGGUUAUAUGUUAUUGAGUUUCACAAAGUCCUCUGUUUCUUUGUCUCAAGAUGUCAAUCUUUAAUUCUAGUGUGAUGGAAAUGGUGAAAAUGCUGGCUGAGACACCAUUAAAUUCAGUUAUUACUGUGUGCAAAUCUCAUACUUAACCACUUAGUUAUUAGUCUUAACCCUUUUUAACUCCCAUCAGUGACCAAGAUAGAAUUUCUCCUCACUAUAUCAAUACAAUAUCCAGCAGACAAGUGACGAGAAUAAAGAAAAAUGUCAAUCAGAGGAUUAGUAGUUGAUCCAGUACCAAAUUCUUUGAACUUAUGUGAUAAGAAUUGCAUGGCAAAUAGUAAAGAGAAUUACCAAUGAGAUCUUAGCAGUAAAAGGGUUGAAAAGAGGGGGAAAAAUGGGUGUAUAAUAUCAGAACAACAACAUGAGAAAGUUGUUUAGGAAUUUUAGAUUAGAGUAUUCAUAGAUUGCUAAUCAGAAGUGAGUGAUUUUUCAUACAGAAAUGUAUUGAAUUUAAUAUUUCAAGUGGUGUUUCAGAGUUUAUAGAAUCCACAGAUUGACAAGGACACAUUUCUUUUCAGAAUUUAUCUUAUCCUGAGCAGAAGGUAGUGAAUGUGGGACAGUUUAGGAUAGGAGUAUGUCACGGUCAUCAGAUCGUUCCAUGGGGGGACCCUGAGUCCCUUGCAAUGGUGAGUGAUGUAACACUAAUAUUUUAUAAAGAUCUAAUCAGUAAAUCUCCUUUUUAGCUGCUUUAUCUAUCAUCAUGAUAGAAAUUAAUUGGAGAGUUAGAGGUAUAUCAAGAUACAGCUGAUGAAUUUGUCAAGUAUUGUUUAAUGUGUAAUAGUUGUAUGGAGUGUUGUUAUGAUAAUAGUUUUGUUUUUGUCUUUAACAGCUUCAGCGGCAGCUCGAUGUCGACAUACUUAUUUAUGGCCACUCACACAAGUUUGCUGCAUAUGAACAUGAGGGAAGGUUUUAUAUCAAUCCUGGUUCAGCCACUGGAGCAUAUCAUCCACUACAAAGGUAGAAAUAAAAGUAAAAUAUACAUCUGGUAUCUCCAAGCUACGAUCAUUUCGAUUAAUUGUCAUAAAGAAAAACAAGCAUUUUUAGCCACUAAAUUUGCAGCAAAUUUUUUUAUUUGGUGAUCUGUACUUAAUGGCCAUGCAGUAGUUUUGUAAACAUAUACAUAAAAGAAUAUGACUUGUAUCUAUUUCUUUUAGACAACUCUUUUUUCUUGUGAAUAAUAUUUUAUUUUUUGCAAGUCACCAAAUGGCAAUUUGCAAAAGGUUAAGCUUGGAGCCCCUCUUUAGAAAGGAAUUUAUGAAAAAUAAUAAAGAAAUAAGGUAAAUCUGUGAAAAUUGAGUGAAAUUUAAACAAUUCUUUGCUAAAAAAAUAUUUUAAAGAGCAUCUUUUGAGCACCCUUUGGGCUUUCCUUGCACUCACCUUGCACUUCUCUUCCAUUUUCUGUAAACACAAAAAAAUAACAGUGCUGUGCUCUAUGAAUACAGUGGUGGCUACCCAUGGUGAUUUUGUAUCAAAACAAUUUUUUUCCUCUACUGCAGUGACACUGUACCAUCAUUUGUGUUGAUGGACAUUCAAGGAGGUACUAUUGUAACAUAUGUGUACCAGCUCAUUCAGGAUGAUGUGAAGGUGGAGAGGAUUGAGUACAAGAAACCAGUGUAAUGAAAUGGGUUCAUCAUCGUUUGUAGUCAGUUUUUUUUUAAUCCCAGAUGCUAAUAUUGUAUAUUAGGUAUCAUUCUGAGUGUAAAAAGACGUUUACAAAAAGAAAACUUGAAAAUGUUUGACUUGUAACUGUAAAGAAUGUAAAAAAAGGAAUAGGAACAGUACAAGAGGAGACACAGUAGCUAUGAUUACUCACAAAUGAGUUGCUUUUACUGAACUGAAAGAAAGCAACUUUAUCUUAGUCUAUAUUAUCAGUUUGAUUUGUUGGUAACUGUUUGAAUAAAAAGAGACAUGUGACUUGUUCUUUUUGUGGAAAAGGGUUUAAAGUGGCAGUUUCUAAACAAACUGAAUUUCACUUUAGUCUGCACUUCUAUUGUGCAGGCAAAACCCAGCUUGAUUAGGUGUACUGUUGUAUACAUUUUGUAAAUCUUUCAAAUAAAGGUUUGUAGCUUCUAAAUGCAUCUCA